AUGUCUGAAAGUUCACCAGACGACUCGAUUCCUAAACGUAAAGAUUUCAUUUGUGGUGUCGUCGAAGGCUUUUACGGUCGUCCAUGGACCACUGAACAAAGAAAAGACUUAUUUCAAAAAUUAAAGAAAUGGGGAAUGGAUAUAUAUGUUUAUGCACCCAAGGAUGAUUACAAGCAUAGAGCUUACUGGCGUGAGUUGUACACGGUAGAAGAGGCGGAGCAUCUUACGUCUCUGAUAGCUGCUGCCAAGUUGCAAGGCAUCACUUUCUGUUAUGCACUCUCUCCGGGCCUUGAUAUUACUUACAGCAGUCAGAAGGAGAUUACAACUUUGAAGAGAAAGCUAGAACAGGUGUCCCAAUUUGGCUGCACAUGUUUUGCGCUACUUUUUGAUGACAUUGAACCUGAGAUGAGUGAGGCAGACAAACAGAUCUUUCAGAGUUUUGCACAUGCGCAAGUAUCUGUAACCAAUGAAAUCCAUCAACAUCUGGGAUGCCCACGUUUCCUGCUGUGCCCAACUCAGUAUUGUUCUACUAGGGCUGUACCAACGGUCAAUAGUUCCGAGUAUCUUAUAACACUUGGCAGUAAGCUGUCACAGCAGAUUGACAUUAUGUGGACAGGUCCUAAAGUUAUAUCGAAGACUUUGACAACAGAAUGUAUAGAAGAAAUCACUCAGGUACUAAGACGACCGCCGGUCAUCUGGGACAAUUUGCAUGCGAACGAUUACGACCAGAAAAGGAUAUUUUUAGGGCCUUAUUGCGGACGAUCGCCGGAAUUGAUCCCGUUGCUUCGAGGUGUGCUAACCAACCCUAACUGCGAAUACAACGCAAAUAUGAUCCCGAUAUGGACUCUGGCUCAUUGGGCGAGCUGCAGUCUCGACGCGCCUGCGCAUAUGGAAGCUGUUUCCUGGGAUAUCAAGCUGGAACGCGAGGGUGAACAAGGCGUCUGUGAAGACGAGGUCCCUCUCACUCUCGGCAAGCAUGUGUACCACCAUCGACAAGCGUUAAGACAAGCAAUAAAUGAAUGGCUCCCUGAAUUCUCUAUACCGAAGACAGCACAAGGACCUGUUAUAAAACCGCAGCCACCUGUCACAGUGCCGGCGGUGCCGAUCGUGCCGAUCCUGCCGUCGGUGAACACGUGCAUGUCGCUGGUGACGGCCACCAGCAACACGGCCACCACCAGCACGGCCGACAUGUGCGGGCCCGCGCCCUGCAUCCCCACCGUCAACACGAGCCAGCUGCAGGCGCUGGCCGACGUCUGCUCCGCCUCGCCCGACCGCCCCAUCAUAUCCAGUGUGGUCUCGCCAGUAGAAAACUACAAUCCAGUAUUAAAUCCCGUUAUGAACUCACUGGUUUCACCGACUAAAGUGAUAUUAAAUGAGUCAAUACCAAAUCCAAUCAUUCCAAUCGCCAGCUCCAACAUGUCUUUACCGUCAGAAAUACCUGUUUCCACACUACCGGUGCCAAUUCUCGGCCUCAAAGCAAUAGAAGGCAACAGUGAGAAGAUGGCAGAUCAGAAUAUGAUGGAGAAGAUUGGAGAUGGAAAUGAGACUGUAUCAAACGAUAGUGUGCUAGAAAGUACGAGUUUCAUAGAAGAAAUAAAGAAGGAUAAGGAAGCGGAACACGAAACUGAUCCAAUAAUUGUGGAUGAUGUAGAACCGCCAGUGGAAGUACUUAGGAAUGGCGAAAUGAGUGUUGGAGAUACUCCCCAAACACUAAGUCCAAGUCGGCGGUCCAUUCCCGAAGUGGGUAUCGAGCCUCUGGACGUAGAUCCACCGUCGACAACGGCCACAGAUUCUGAUAUCGUCAUGAAUGAUGGUCUCAGUGAGAAUGGUUCCAUGCAAGUGGAGCCAAGCAACAGUCCACUUAGCGGCGACAUGAUGGUGGAACCAACCGAGCCGACCGACGAUGUCGACGAACCGGCGUUAGAAACGAGUGAGCUGACAACGGAUGACCUGAUGUUGUUGUGCGAUUUGUUCUACUUACCCUUCGAGCACGGCUCCCGAGGCCUGCGGCUUCUUCACGACUUCAAUUGGCUCAUCACACAUGCGGCCAGCAUGUUGCCCAGGGGGAAUAAAUCUGAGACGGGGGAGUGGCGGCGUCGGCUGCGGCGGUUCUUGUGGUGGGCGGGGCGCGCGCGGCGGCUGGCACGGAGGCUGGGCGGCGCCGCCAACCGCGAGCUGCACGCGGAGCUGCAGCCCUACGUGUGGGAGCUGUGCGCCGUGCUGGCGCUGCUCACCGCCUUCCUGCGCUGGCUCGAACUUGGCAAAUUCCCUCCAAAUAUAACAGCCAACACACAAGGAAGUUACACAUGGUUCUCGAAGGGUUGGCGCGAAGCAUUCGAGAGUGGUGCUCAAGAGCCCUGGGUGUUUCGGGGCGGGUUGACAGCAGACUUGCGGAGGCUUCUGCCAAUCGAGUGCACCGGAGACGUUCUAAGACCACAGACCGUACCAAAUGGUUUACCACUCACUAUCCGACCGUACACGCCCGCCGAUGAAGAAGCGGUAUCGACGAUUUGUCACAAAACAUGUCGCGACGGCUCCGACUGUUCUGACCUCUUCCCUAGCGAUCUGCAAACGCUCCCGGCGGACAGGCUAGUAGCGCCAUUUUUAACCCUAGCGCCAGAGCUAUGCAUGGUCAUAGAAGACGACGAGGGCUGCCUGCCACAAGACACAGAUGGCGCUGAAGUCGACGCUGAUUACACGGAGGACAAGUCCGACCCUGUACUGGACACAAAGAUUAAUGGUGUCAAGCCAGAAAUAGUUGGAUACGCAUGCGCAGCUCUUAACGCGAAAGAGUUCUACAAGAAACAAGAGAUCGCUUGGAUUCCGGAGAUGUGUAAAAAGUAUCCCGAGGAGCUAACCGAGAGAGAAGAUCUCAGUCCGGCAGCUAAGGAGUGUGUGCGGCACUUCCACGCGUGCGGGGCGGGUGCGGCGCGCGCGCCCGACAGCGUGCUGCGCGCGCACCCCGCGCUGCUGGCGUGCGGCGUGCUGCCCGCCCUGCGCGAGCCGCACGCCGCCGCGCGCCUCGUCACCUGCCUCCUGGCCGCCCUGCGCGCUAACGGAAUAAAUGGCGUCCACGCGUGUAUCAACACUACGGACCAAUACCUGCAUCAGUUUUACAGCAAGCUGGGAUUUGUGGAAAUAGUUCGCGAAGGGGGAAGAGUGUUCCUCGCUCGAUCAUUCUAG